GCAGUGGGCAAGCAUGGAGGUGGAGCUUACACUGGGUGUUUUUCUGAAGUAAAAAGGCUUAGGUGGGUCAAUGCUAACCACAGUGCCUGGGCCGUGGAUGAGGGGAGCCACAGAGAGCAGAGAGCAGCGCCAGCCAUGGGGAGGGCAGCCCCAACCCUCCUGACCCUGCUCAGCCUAACAGCGACUAUUUGUGAUGCCCAGGACAGCUGCCCAGAGGUGAGAAUAGUGGGACUGGGUGAUGCUGACCGGCUCGCCGUUCUCCAAGGGUGCCCAGGGAUCCCAGGUGCCUCUGGCCCAAAAGGAGAACCAGGUCUCCCAGGAACAAAAGGAGAAAUGGGAGCCCAAGGACUCCCUGGGAAAGCAGGACCACCUGGUGCGAAAGGAGCAGCUGGAGAGCCUGGCUUCCCAGGACCAAAAGGUCUGUGCAGUUCGGCCUUUGAUGUGCUGGAACUAAAGGAGAGCCUGGAUUUCCAGAAACAUGGGAACUGCCAAGAGCUGUUGCGUAAAGGGAAGAUCCUGAGCGGCUGGUACACCAUCUACCCCCAAGGCUGCAACGCCACCACCAUCUUCUGCGACAUGGACACUGAUGGCGGAGGAUGGAUUGUUUUCCAGAGGCGCUGGGAUGGGUCAGUGAACUUCUUGCGAGAUUGGGAUUCAUACAAACGAGGCUUUGGCAACCAGCUGACAGAGUUCUGGCUGGGGAAUGACAACAUCCACUUUCUCACCUCGCUGGGACCCUUUGAACUCCGCAUUGAUCUGAGAGACUUUGACAACAACUACUAUUUUGCCAAGUACGCUUCAUUCAGAGUUUUAGGAGAGUCUGAGAAAUACAAACUGGUUCUAGGAGACUUCCUUGGUGGAAAUGCUGGAGACUCCUUAUCAUACCACAAGGACAUGCCAUUUUCAACAACAGACCAGGACAAUGACAUGAGCUCCUUUAACUGUGCUACAGAAUACAAGGGAGCGUGGUGGUACAAUGACUGCCAUUACUCCAACCUGAAUGGGAUGUACUGGCUGGGCAUUCACGGGAGCUAUGCUGAUGGCAUAAACUGGAAGACGGGCAAAGAAUACCAUUACUCCCAUAAGCAAACAGAAAUGAAAUUCAGGCCAGUUUAACAUGGCAAAAGGGUGUCUGACUAGCACCAACAGGUCCCACUCAACAGCCAAGAGAAGACAGAAAACAUAAUGUUGUU